AUGGGAAACAAACAAGUGAAGCAACAUUUUGAGACUGCAAAGAAAACGGGUGUGCUGAAGAUAUCGCUACUGCGGCUCGACGAGUUUCCUUCGGCGCUGAAAACAUUCCCGAAUGUGUUGAAAACAUUGGACAUAUCGGAAAACCGAUUCACAGUUUUACCAGACGACAUAGCAAAAUUCACCCUCCUCAAGCAUCUGAACGCUAGCGGAAACAAAAUAGCUCUAGUUCCCGAGUGCAUCGGCGUCUUGGUGAAGCUGGAAACUCUGAACAUGAUGAACAAUCUGCUCACUUCCGUACCAAGAAGUCUGUCGAGCUGCACCCACCUGAAGCAAGUGAUCCUCAGUAACAAUCAGAUCAACACGUUUCCGGUAGUAUUCUGCGAGCUGAAGCAGCUGGAUUUGCUAGACCUUUCGAGGAACAAAAUAACGGAAGUUCCGCCAGAGGUGAAAUCGUUGCAGGUUAUCGAGCUGAACUUGAAUCAAAACCAAAUUACCAUCGUCGCCGAAGAGAUAGCCGAUUGUCCUAAACUGAAGACAUUACGCUUGGAGGAGAACUGUCUGCAGAUAUCCGCAAUAAAUCCGAGAAUCCUAAUCGAAUCGAAAGUGUGCAAUCUGUGCGUCGAUGGUAACCUUUUCAACUCCAAGCAGUUUAAUGAACUGCAAGGGUAUGACGUAUACAUGGAGCGGUAUACAGCAGUGCGGAAAAAGAUUUCUUAA